UAUCUUAAGUAGUGAUACAGAUCAACUUGGUCACUCAAACUUCAAACAUGGCUUUCAAAUUCGUAGCUUUUGCCGCUCUCGUAGCUGCCGCCAACGCCGGCCUCCUCAGCGCCCCUUACCAUGCUGCUCCAGUAGCUUCUUUGGCCUAUGCCGCCCCAGUAGCUAAAUACGCCGCCCCUCUUGCCGUAGCCAAGACCGUGGUUCAAGAAGAAUACGACCCUCACCCACAAUACAACUACGGCUACGAAGUACAAGACGGUUUGACCGGAGACAGCAAAUCCCAACACGAAUCUCGUGACGGAGAUGUAGUACAAGGAAGCUACUCCCUCAUCGACGCCGAUGGCCAUAAACGUACCGUCCACUACACCGCUGACCCAGUUCACGGAUUCAACGCUGAAGUCACCAGGGAACCUUUGGCCGUCAAAGCUGUAGCUCCAGUCGUUGCUAAAGUAGCCGCCCCAUUGGCUUAUGCCGCUCCAGUUGCCAAGAUCGCCGCUCCAUUGUCCUAUGCUGCCCCAGUUGCCAAGAUCGCCGCUCCAUUGUCCUAUGCUGCCCCAGUUGCCAAAAUCGCCGCUCCCCUUGCUUACUCUGCUCCAGCUGCCCACUCUUACUACCACUAAAUCAGACUGAAAAUGUUAUUUAUUUAUUUAUUGAAAUAAAGUUAAAGCAAAAUAAUA